CUGAGAGUUUCAGCCAUCUUAUAGAAAAUUUAGAGGUUUCCAUUAGUUGGUCCUGUCUAGUUUUCUAGGUGAUGUCGGGCUAAAAGAUUUGUAGUCAAGAUCUUGUAGAGAGCUCAAGUCAUUCCCUUCUUAAUCUUUUCCGUUUUUACACUACCACUUGAGGGUCUUGUUUAGCUUAGAAGAAAAUCUUAUCAAGGGAAGAAAGAGAUGGAUGAGAGGAGUGAUAUGGAGAAGGCAGAUGAAGUGAUGAUGCCAGGUUUCAGGUUUCAUCCGACAGAUGAGGAACUAGUUGGAUUUUAUUUGAAGCGAAAGAUACAGCAGAAGCCUCUUUCCAUAGAGCUAAUCAGGCAAUUGGAUAUCUACAAAUAUGAUCCAUGGGACCUUCCAAAACUGGCGACGACCGGGGAGAAGGAAUGGUACUUCUACUGCCCAAGAGACAGGAAAUAUAGGAACAGUGCGAGACCAAACCGAGUAACUGGAGCUGGAUUCUGGAAAGCCACAGGAACAGAUAGACCCAUUUACUCCUCUGAGGGAACCAAGUGCAUUGGCCUUAAGAAAUCACUAGUUUUCUACAAAGGCCGAGCUGCGAAAGGCACUAAGACAGACUGGAUGAUGCAUGAGUUCAGGCUACCUUCACUCACUGAUACAUCACUGCCUAAAAGACCUUUGGACAAGAACAUCCCUGUCAAUGAUUCCUGGGCGAUCUGUAGGAUCUUCAAGAAGACAAAUUCCAUGGCACAGAGAGCACUGUCCCAAUCCUGGGUAUCUCCGCUUCCUGAGACCAAUGAACCGGACUUUUUCUCAGUUGCCCACACUAUGAACGCCAACCAGUUUGGAUCAGAGAACAUCUCAUGCACUACUGAAUCUGGUUCAUCGAUUCAAUUCAGCUGUAACAAUGGUUUCCAGCAACAGCCAAGUGGCCUCAAUUACGCUCCUCUAAAUGCAACAAAUUACAAUAAGCCCAAUAAUCCAAUGGACUGCAGAUCAUAUCCCUUUCCAUUUUCAGGUGUUGAUAUGUCCACAAACUUCAUGUUCUCUGGAAGUGAAAUGCCACUGGCAUCCAUGCUCCUUAACUUAUCACCUUCAAUACUUGAAGAAGUAGAAAAGUCCUCCGCAAGCAUAGAAUUCGGUCAGCCACAACAGUGUAAUGGGUUCACUGUUGAUUUGCCUACAGAGAUCAAUAGCAACUUGGGAAGUGGAGAAGAGAAGAAGAGUUCAAAUUCGAUGAUUGUUAAUAAUAACCAGUGGAGAACCAUGAGGACAUUUCCCUUCAGCCUGCCAUCAAAUAUCUCUGAUGAGUGGAAGCUUAACUUGCCAUGGGAUUCUCCUCCGUGCCUGAGUGAGAUGUCAACAAGCUUCUCCACCAACAAAUUGUAUACUUGAUUUAGAUGUAGUGUAGGGUGUG